UCUCCCUGAGUCAGAUUGAGGUGACGUUGGCGAGCGUCGCCACUCGGGUUCGUCUCCUCCCACUCUCUCGGCUGCCGCCUUUGAAAAACCGGGACAAGAUGAAGACGACCUGGCUGAGCGGGGCAGCCCUCGCCCUCACCCUCUACAUCGCCGUCGCUGUCUUCACCCGUUCGACCUCGGCGUACGUCACCUCCUUCCCUGAGGAGCCAGACAUCGAUGGGACACUCAUCACCGUGGGGAUCGCCGUGGCCAAAUUCCUGGCGGGGCUGGUCCCUUACCCCGGCGUCUCCGCUCUCCUCCUGGCCAUCAUCCACGCCUGGGAGCCUAAGCCAGAGGACAAUUACUGGGACCACGUGAAGGACAACGUGGCCCAGGUGUGCGGGAACUUCGUCAACGAGCAUAAUAUGGACCAGGUGGUUGUGUACAAGAACGACCUGCUGUCUUUGUUGAAGAAAUACGAGCGCGCGGGCGUGGAGAGCGACGGCACGUACCCCGACAAGAACACGGUCGCUGAUGCCAUCACGACGUCCAUCAUUUCUAACCGGUACCUGGUGGAGGCGACCGAGAUGCCGUGGUCGAUGAGCGUCGACUUCGCGGACAUCGCCAGCGUCCAUGCCCUUAUCUUGAAGGACGUAGCAGAAGCCUACAGCGAGCCAGCAGGACCCGUGUCGAGGUGGUGGGUGGACCUGUCCCGCGAACUCGGCCACUACAUCGAGUACGGCACCUACCUCCAGGCGGAGACCAUGACGUGGAGAGACACGCAGAUUGAGUGCUUCUUCGAUGAGGCGAGCGGAGGGUGCCUGGCCUUCGAGUGGAUGGGGAUCGACUGCUACGAUGAAUAUGUGAUCACGGACCACGUCUCAGGCCACCAGGAGAAGUGCAACCAAGUCCACCCCGACAAACCUGAAGAUGGUUCCUGCGCGAGUUUCUGUCCUCUGUACCAGCGCCACGUCGACCAGGAGUCCGCACGGUGGGUCUACCACAACCUGGGGACUGUGGUGGAGGAAUGGGCGGCCCUGAAGAUCCAGGCGGACGAGAUGGCUCAGCAGGCGUCCAGGUAUUACAAUCCUCGAACGAAGGACAACCAAAAUUGAUUUCGAAAUUUUGAAACAUGAAGCUGGCAAAUUUUUCUUUCAAAACACCAGGAUGAAAAAAAAAAUGUUAAUUUGCAAUGAUUUCAAAAUGACACUCGAAGUUGAAA